CUCGGUGCAGCUCUGACAGAAGGCAGUGUCAACAGAGCCCUGCACAGAGUAGACUAGUAGACAUUCAGGAAUAACCUCUCCAGCCAAGCAGCCGUCUAUCAAAAUGAACAACGAGUCUAUUGUCAUCGUGUCUGCUGCAAGGACGCCCAUUGGGUCCUUCAACGGUGCUCUGUCCACUGUGAAGCUGCCUGAGCUGUGUUCCCUGGUGAUCAAGGACGUUCUGAAGCGGGCCGAGGUGAAGCCAGAGGAUGUCUCUGAAGUUAUCAUGGGACACGUUCUAACAGCAGGUCAGGGGCAGAACCCGGCGCGUCAGGCCAGUGUAGCAGCUGGGAUCCCGUACCCCGUCCCGGCCUGGAGCUGUCAGAUGGUGUGUGGCUCCGGGCUGAAGGCUGUGUGUCUGGGAGCUCAGUCCAUCCUGACCGGAGAGUCCACUGUGGUGGUGGCAGGGGGCAUGGAGAGCAUGAGCCAGGCUCCUCACACUCUGAGAAUGAGAGAAGGGGUGAAGAUGGGCGAUGCCUCCCUGCAGGACUCCAUGGUGGCCGACGGCCUGACAGACGCCUUCCAUGGCUACCACAUGGGCCUCACAGCGGAGAAUGUGGCAGAGCAGUGGAAAGUCAGUCGAGAGGAGCAGGACAAGUUUGCUGUCCGGUCCCAGAACAAGACAGAGGCUGCGCAGAAAGCAGGACACUUCGAUCAAGAGAUUGUCCCGGUGACAGUGUCAUCCAGAAAAGGCCCGGUGGAGGUGAAGGUGGAUGAGUUUCCUCGCCACGGCAGCAGCACAGAGAGCAUGGCUAAACUCAGACCCUGCUUUAUUAAGGGCAGCGGCACCGUCACCGCUGGCAACUCCUCAGGUAUUAAUGAUGGAGCAGCAGCAACCGUCCUAAUGAGCCAAUCAGAGGCUGCGAGACGUGGCCUUAAACCGAUGGCCAGAAUUGUAACGUGGGCUCAAGCUGGCCUUGACCCAUCUAUCAUGGGAACGGGACCAAUACCAGCCAUCAGGAAGGCCGUUGAGAAAGCAGGCUGGCAGCUGGAGCAGGUCGACUUGUUUGAGAUCAAUGAAGCCUUUUCUGCCCAGUCUGUUGCGGUGGUGAAAGAGCUUGGCCUAAAUGCAGACAAGGUGAAUGUGAGUGGGGGGGCCAUCUCUCUGGGCCAUCCCAUUGGCAUGUCUGGCUGCAGGGUGCUGGUCACCUUGCUGCACGCCCUUCAGAGGACUGGAGGCAGUAAGGGCGUGGCGUCGCUCUGCAUCGGAGGAGGGAUGGGCAUCGCCAUGUGCGUGGAGAGGGUUUGAGACGGAAACUUAAUGCUGCCUCACAGAUUGCACUCAAUCUUAAAUGAUAAAGGGAUAGUUGUCGUUUACGCGGUUAAAUCUUAUCCAAUAUUAGCCAUUCAUUACAUUUAGCUGAGGCUUUUCUCCAAAGCGACUUACAGUAAGUACAUUCCACCAGGAAGAUACAACCUUCCCAAACCCUCCAUCAGGUUAUAGCUGUGUAACAUGUGACUUAAGGAUUUAAUACCUCUAGAUAAUGUAAUAGUGUAUAUCCACUAUUAGACGAUAUAUUAUGCACCGUACUGCAGUUAGUAGCUCUUAAUAAAUCAAAGUAUUGGAUGUCUUCUCCUUCAAGAUGACCUGCACUCCUGAAACAAACUUCAAAUGCAAGGCUUUAAUGCUUAAUUGCUUUAUUUGUGCCCGGUGCAGACAGGCUACCUUUUCUGUAGUUUUUUUACUUUGUGUAAUUUAAUGAUUUCGUACUUAGAUUGCUGUACAAAGACAUUUUGAUCGACAUUCCACUUUCUCUAAUCAAUGUAGCAGACAUGAGCCUUGAAAUGCAAGUGCCAUAAGGAUAAGGUUACGUACGCUACCCUUCUCUAACCGAGUACUUCCUGUACACAGCAUGAUGAAAGUGUAAAUGUUUCCUGCAGCUCUUUUGCAUAUCAAUAAAGAAUCAUCAGCCAUCGAGCCAAAAACGUC